AUGAAUGAGAUGAAGGCUAUGCCCUUACCCUUUGAAGAACACAUAGGAAAAGGGGUGUUGGAUUUUGGUUCAAGUGUUGGUAGUGUUGUUUCAGAUUCAUUCUUAUUUCAACAACAGCAACAACAGUUUCUACAAAGGUGGAGGGAAAAUUGUUGCUAUGCGGGCAUUGAGCCCAAUUCUGUUGAUGUUUUUGACCUCAAAAAACCAAAUCCAGAAGCCACUCCUACUUCAUCCUCAACACUGUCUUCCUCACACGGCAGCGCCGCCGGAGGCGCUUCAGCCGAUAGCAACAACAAGAACAUACCUGAAGUUGAAGGAAAAAGAUGUGGAAUGGAAGAUUGGGAGAGUGUGUUGUCUGAAUCACCGGGUCAAGAUCAAGAUCAUUCAAUUUUGAAAUUGAUUAUGGAAGAUAUUGAAGAUGCAUCUAUGGGAUUAAGCAAGCUUUUACAAGUUGGGACUAGUAAUUCUCAUUCUCAUUCUCAGCAAGAUGUUGAAUUCAAUGGUUUUAGUUUUAUGGAUCAACAAAGUUCUGUGCUUGACCCUAUUUCUUCAAAUGUUAACAACAACAACUUUGUAACUAGCAUUGAUUCUUCUUCGGUUGUUGCUGCUACGGCUACUGAGAUUUGUUCUGAUUUCCCUUUUGGUAGAGUGAUGACUCAAAAUCAAAACCCUAUUUUCAAUUCUUCACUCUCUCAUGCUGGUUUGUUUCAUCAUCAACAACAACCAAUUGAGUCUCUUGAUGAGAAGCUACCUCAAUUUGUUAUGAACCAAAGCCAAACUCAGUUUAUGCCUAACCCUAGUUUGGUUUUUCCGUUCGCAUAUUCUCAGCUGCAAGAAAAUCAAGAGAUUCAUCCUCAGCCGCCGGCGAAAAGACUCAAUUGUGGUAAUAAUUAUGAAAUUCCGAAGAUGCCCUUUAUGGAUUCUGGUCAAGAGAUGUUUCUUAGGCGGCAACAGCAUCAACAGCAGCUUCAACUGCUUCCGCAUCAUCUGCAGCAGAGGCCAAUGGCGCCGAAGCAGAAAAUGGGAAACCCUGGAAGCGGUGGCGGCGAAGAUGCUGCAGGAAACAAUCAGUUCCAGCAGGCUAUAAUUGAUCAGCUUUUCAAGGCUGCAGAACUUAUAGAAGCCGGUAAUCCGGAACUCGCGCACGGGAUAUUGGCGCGGCUCAAUCACCAAAUUUCUCCCAUUGGGAAGCCUUUUCAAAGGGCUGCUUUCUAUUUCAAGGAGGCAUUACAAUUGCUUCUUCAGUCAAAUGUCAACAGCAACAGCAACAAUAGCUUUUCGCCUACGGGGCUAUUGCUCAAGAUUGGUGCUUAUAAAUCGUUCUCCGAAAUCUCACCGGUUCUGCAGUUUGCUAAUUUCACUUCCAACCAAGCAUUGCUUGAAGCUGUGGAAGGUUUCGAUCAAAUUCACAUAGUAGAUUUUGAUAUCGGUUUCGGUGGACAAUGGUCUUCUUUUAUGCAGGAGUUAGCACUCAGGAACGGCGGUGCACCUUCACUGAAGAUCACUGCAUUUGUUUCACCCUCUCACCACGACGAAAUCGAGCUUAGUUUCACUCACGAGAAUCUGAAACAAUAUGCUGGUGAAAUUAACAUGUCCUUCGAGCUCGAGAUUCUGACACUCGACUCUCUGAAUUCUGUAUCAUGGCCGCAGCCACUUCGCGACUGCGAAGCAGUUGUUGUUAACUUGCCUAUUUGCUCUUUCUCAAAUUACCCUUCCUACCUUCCUUUGGUGCUUCGAUUCAUGAAACAGCUCAUGCCUAAAAUAGUGGUAACACUGGAUAGGAGUUGUGAUCGAACCGACGCACCGUUUCCUCAGCAUAUGAUUCUCGCUAUCCAGUCUUAUUCGGGUUUGCUCGAGUCACUUGACGCUGUCAGUGUUAACGUUCACCAGGAUGUACUUCAAAUGAUCGAGAAAUACUAUCUUCAACCAGCAAUUGAGAAGCUUGUUUUGGGCCGUCUGCGUUCACAGGACAGAACACUUCCUUGGAAAAAUCUUAUCUUGUCGUCGGGGUUCUCGCCAUUGACGUUUAGUAACUUUACCGAGUCACAAGCUGAGUGUUUGGUGCAGAGGAUUCCCGGCAGGGGAUUCCAUGUGGAGAAGAAGCAGAAUUCACUCAUGUUAUGCUGGCAAAGGAAGGAUCUCAUCUCGAUUUCAACUUGGAGAUGCUGA